CAGUCACGUGGUAAAUAAGUAUCACCUUCUCAGUAAACAAGACGGGAAUUAAUAUUACAGUUUAAAAGUUAGUGUCUAAUGGCGACAUCCUCUCAAAGUUGUGGAGUUUGUGACCUUCGUCAUAUCACCAAACCAUCCAUAGUCUGGUGUACAACAUGUGACGCAGGACUAUGUACAGAAUGCCAGAAGCAUCAUGAUUUGUCUAAAGCAUCGAGGAAGCAUAAUGUGAUACCAAUUUUUGAAAACCAGAUAUUACCAUCUGAUGUUAUGAAAAUUACUCCAUUUUGUUGCAAACACGAUGAAAAGUUUCAGAUUUAUUGCAAGAAGCAUGAAUGUCCCUGUUGCAGCAAGUGCAUAUUGGGCAGCCAUAAAGAAUGCCGGGAUAUCGUAAAUUUAGAUGACGCCAUACAUAAUGUCAAAACCUCCAAUGCCCUGUGCGAGAUAGAGGAAACAUUAGUUGAAGUCGCAGAAAAUCUACAGAAAAUUCGCCAGCAUAAACAGGACAAUCGGUCGACUUUGAGAGAAAAAAUAAUGGAAAUAGAAAAAGAAAUAAAGAAGACCAGAAUGAAGAUCAACAAUCAUCUCGACAAACUACAAAACAAUUUAAUGAAACCACUCUAUGAGGUCGAAGAAAAAGAAAACUCGAAAAUUUGUCAGUUAUUGUCAUCAUUAGAGAUCAAAGAAAAAGAAGUAGCAGAAUGCCAGAGAAACAUUACGAACAUCAAGCAACAUGCAACGGACCUUCAGAUGUUUCUUUUUAUGAAGCAUAUAGAAGAUGAGGUCUAUAGCAAAGAUAAAUUUCUGCAAUCGCUUGUAGAAAGCGGAGGACAACUUUCUCUUGCAUAUAAGACCAACACCUCUAUCAAGUAUAUCAAGUCCUGUAUAAACAGUUUAGGAGAAGUGCAAAUUGAAGCUAAACCUUACGAUAUUGUUCUGAUUAAGAAAAAGGCCAAACAAGCCCAAAUGAUGAUACAAACCGCUCAAUUAAGAUCCAUUGAAAAUAUAAAGCUAACGUUAUACAAUACCAUUGGCACUAAAGGAGAACGCAUAUACGGAUGUUGCAUGCUGCCGGAUGGUAGAAUGGCAUUUACGUUCUUCAAUGAAGAGACAGUAAAAUUAUUCAACGAGAAAGGAUUAAAAGACUUUGAGGUGAAGUUGCCCGCUGAAGCGUUUGAUUUGGUAUACAUCAAUGAGGACAAUACAUUGGCUGUUACAUCUGGUCCGUCAAUAAAUCAGUGUAUUGUCAUUGUAGAUUUGGUGAAGAAACAAAUAAAAAAAACAAUUUCACUUGAUUCGUGCAAUUAUGGCAUAGCACUGAAUGAUAAUCGAUUGAUUUAUUCCGGUGGAGACAAAGGUAUACGAAUGAUUAAUCUGUACGACGAGUCUACGAGCGAAAUAGUAGGAGACAUAAUGCCCAAUUACUGUUACACUGCAACAUUUAAGGACAAAAUAUAUCAUACAAACAUAAAAACAAAUACAGUUACGUGUUAUAAUCUACAAGGUGACCUGCAAUGGACAUUCAGGAAAGGAAUUCUGAAGAAUCCUAAGGGUAUUGAUGUAGAUAACGAUGGUAAUGUGUAUGUGGUGGGGAGUGAUUCAAACAACAUUGUAGUUAUCUCCCCUGAUGGAAAAAGCCAUAGAGAAGUAUUGUCAAAAGGUGAUGGUCUUAGAGAUCCUAUCGAGUACAGAAGUGAAAAUUUGUCGUCAUACUAAAUACUUAUCGAAGGUGGUGCAUAUUAAAUAUAGUGAUACGAGAUAUAACACAAAAUAAGCAAACAUUGAAUUACAGAAAUGCAUUACAAAUUGUGUCAACAGGUCAAAUUAGCAUGAAAGUGUGAUUAGAGAGUACUCGAAGUUACUGAAAGCUAGUUAAAAGCCGGAAACAAUUAGCAAUAAAAAGUCAUGUAUCAGAGACUAAAAUCAAUUAAAACACAUCCGAGAGAUUUAGUGUUUUUCCGCCAUGGACGGUCAAAGACGACAUGAUUUGUACAAUACCAAAAUAAAAGUAUCGACAACCACAGGAUCGUUAGGAUUUAACCUUAUAAUAAAUAUGUAUCAUGUUACAUAUAGAUAAAGCAAUCCCUAAAUAGAAAAUUAACGUGGAUGUGUAUUUAUACAUCCCAAAAACCAUUCGAAAAAAAUACAAAUUUAGUUAUGUUUUAAUUGUUGAUUACAAAAUUGAUGUUAGUGCCAAUGUAAAUUUUUACACGGAUUUUCCGCGCUUUUAGUACAGUAUUACCGUAAAAUUUGAAAUAUCGUUUUUAAUAAGAAAACACGCUUCACAGGGCAACAUUUGGCAGGAAUCAACUUUCAAAAGAUGCUUGAUUAAUUGAUCGAUGUUUACUUAACGUUCAGCGGCAAAUAUUUCAUUCAUAAUUAGGACAAUCAUUCAAAGGAAAUAACAACUACAAGAUAUAACAACUGAUAGUUUCAGUCAUAUAAGUAUUUGACAUCAAUGAUUAGCCUUAUGAUAAAUUUUGCAGAAAAAUCAACAAGUACAUAUUUUGACAUUUUCAGUACUUUUACCUAAGUUUAUGUAAUGUGCGUUUUAAUUAAGCCUCUAAUGGUUUUCAAGAUAUUAAUAAGUAAAUUACUUGUAUUUUACUACUUGUAAUCUAUUUCAACCAUGUGGUAAUUUUAACUAUUUAGCAAUAACUGUUGACUACGAAUGAUUAAAAAAUUGUAAUAAUUUCGACUGUUCUCACCGGACUAGUAUUUGGAAUAAGGAGGUAUAUAUUUUAUAUUUCUCUCUUGUAAAAGGAUAUAAUUAAAAUCUGUUAUUAUAUACUAAAACAUUGUG